GGCCGCGACCGGAAACGUUUUAACAUCAGCAGUCAUGGCGAGCACAGCUACGACCCGAGCGGUAGCUGGUGCCGUUAAAGUUGUAAAACCGAUAUUUAGCCGAGACUUGGAUGAGGCUAAGCGCCGGGUACGGGAGCUGUACCGGGCCUGGUACCGGGAGGUGCCUAAUACAGUGGCCAUGUUUCAGCUGGAUAUCACAACACGUCAAGGGAGAAACAAAGUGCGGGAGAUGUUUGACAAAAACAAGCAUGUCACCGACCCUCGUGUGAUCGACAUGUUAGUCAUUAAGGGAAAAAUGGAACUUCAGGAAACAAUCCACAUCUGGAAGCAGAAGACCCAUGUAAUGCGCUAUUUCCAUGAGAGUGAAGAGCCUCGAGCGGCUGACUUUAUGUCUAAAUUUUACAAGGGACAUGAUCCAUGAACUUUGAAGCUGUCAGCUGACCUCUGAUCCACCUUUGCUUGUGUCCAGUGUGAAAGAUGUUCCCCUCUACUGUAAAUACACGCUUAACACUCAGA